UAUUGUAGCCGUGUCUUUUCACAGUUUAUUUUAUGGCGAUAAUAACUGUUGAAAUAAACGAAUAUAAAUCAGAUGCAUAAUGAGCAGGAGCGUCUGAGAGAGGAGGAGGAGGAGGAGGCGCGCGCCUGUGAGGAACAGCGCGAAAAUGAGAGGAGAUCAGUUGCAUCUGCUGCAAUCAUCUGCAGCUUCUCAAUCACAUCUUUAUUCUGAUUCUCCAUUAAUAUGAAAGAAUUUUCUGUUGUUUCGUUGUAGGACUGUUGAGAUGCGUGUGAAGCUCCUGCUGAAUGACAGUGCCCAGAGGAGCUUCAUCAUGCCUCUUCUCAACGUGACUGCAGACGGCGUCUCCAGCGCUUCCCCGACCCCGGAUUCAUCUCCGUCUCUUUCCUCCACGGCGUUCUCCUCUCUCCCUCCGUCUCUGUCCUCGUUUCUCCCACAGACGAACUGCUCCGUGGCUCCGUCUCCCUCGUCUCCGCCGUAUAACUUCUACGCCGUGUUGCUGGUGUUGCUGAUUUUUUGUGUGGUGUUUGGUAAUGUGUUGGUGUGUGUGGCUGUGUCCCGAGAGAAAGCGCUGCAGACCACCACCAAUUACCUCAUCGUGUCUCUGGCCGUGUCCGACUUGCUCUUGGCCACGCUGGUGAUGCCCUGGGGAGUCUAUCUGGAGGUUGUUGGUGAAUGGAGGUUCAGUCGGAUCCACUGUGAUAUUCUGCUCACGCUGGACGUCAUGAUGUGCACCGCCAGCAUCCUCAACCUGUGUGCCAUCAGCAUCGACAGGUACACAGCCGUGGCCAUGCCGUUACUCUACAACACACGCUACAGCUCCAGAAGACGCGUGGCUCUGAUGAUCGCUGUCGUCUGGUUCCUGUCCUUUGCCAUCUCCUGCCCGCUGCUGUUUGGACUCAACAACACAGCCAGUCAGGAGGGGAGAGACUGCAGUUUUGCCGACCCUGCUUUCGUUGUCUACUCGUCUGUCGCUUCCUUUUAUGUGCCGUUCAUCGUGACCCUGCUGGUGUAUGUGCAGAUCUGCGUGGUUCUGCGCAGACGAGGCAGACGCACCGCACCUUCACGCAGACACGGCCUCCAUCCAGAGCCUGGAGAUGGACAGAGGUCCCGCAAGAAUAAAUGCACUCAUCCUGAAGAUGUGAAGUUGUGCACUUUAAUAGUGAAGCCUCCUCCAGCUGCUCCACAACGCAAGAAAGUGACGCUGGUGAAGGAGGCUGUGGUUCAUCCUCUGGACGUGGAGCCCGUGUGUUUUCUGGGUCCGGACAGAGAUCAGCAGCAGCAGCAGUCAUCUGGACGGCCUAAAAUCUCCCUGUCGGUGUCAGUGGCUCCCAGUCCAGCGCUCUCGGGCCCCGGCCCUCGCAGGGCCACGGUGCAGGAGAACACACACACACGCCACGGUUGGAGCGACAGAAACACAGACCGAGAGAAAGGAGCGGCGGCGAAGGAGAGAGCGAGAGGAAGACUGUCGCAGCAGAAGGAGAGGAAGGCCACGCAGAUGCUGGCCAUUGUUUUAGGCGUCUUCAUCAUCUGCUGGCUUCCUUUCUUCUUGACGCACGUUCUGAAGGCUCACUGCGGCAGCUGCUGCAUCUCUCCGUCGCUCUACAGCGCCGUCACGUGGCUGGGUUACCUCAACAGCGCCGUCAACCCCGUCAUCUACACCACCUUCAACAUCGAGUUCCGCAAGGCCUUCAUUAAAAUCCUGCACUGCUGACAGACGGCUGGGGAUUUACUGAACAAAAGAAGCUCCAGACAUUUGUCAAGAUGACACGGUGACAAAGACAAGAUGAGCUGCUUGAAAAGGCUUUGUUUGUGGAACUGAUUGUCUGAAACCGGUGUUACAGUACUGUGACAUUAAUGUGUUUUUAAAGGAGUAGCUUGUCUAGAAAUCAACAUUUUGUCAUCAUUUGCUGCCUUCAUGUCCAAACCUGUAUUAUUUUAGUUUUUUUGUGAAACACAAUCAUGAUGUGUUUAAGCGAAAACGAUCAUAGAUGUAGGGAUAUUCUUACUUACUUUCUCGAAAUUCCUGGUUUAAAUGUUGCAGUUCUGACUUUUUUUUCAGAAUUCUGAGUUUACAAAUUGGAAUUCUGUUUAUUUGUUUUCGCCACGCAAUUCUUACUUUAUAUCUCACAAUAUGCUGCAUUUGUUUCGCAAUUCUGACUUUCUAUCUCACAAUUCUGAUCUAUGUCUUGCAAUUUUGCGUUUGUCUCAAUUCUGUUUUUUUAUCUCACAAUUCUGCGUUUGUCUCGCAAUUCUGCAUUUGUUUUGCUAUUCUGACUUUCUGGCUUGCUAUUCUGAUUUAUAUCUCACAAUUCUGAAUUUGUCUCGUGAUUCUGAUUUAUAUCUUGCAAUUCUGAUUUAUAUCUUGCAAUUCUGAGUUUGUCUCGCAAUUCUGAGUUUGUCUCGCAAUUCUUCUUUAUAUCUCACAAUUCUGAGUUUGUCUCGCAAUUCUUCAUUAUAUCUUGCAAUUCUGAGUUUGUCUUGCAAUUCUUCAUUAUAUCUCGCAAUUCUGAUUUAUAUCUCACAAUUCUGAAUUUGUCUCGCAAUUCUGAGUUUGUUUCGCAAUUCUGAGUUUGUCUCGCAAUUCUGAUUUAUAUCUCGCAAUUCUGAUUCAUACUGUAGCUCGCAAUUCUUUGUUUGUCCAUGCAAUUCUGAUUUAUAUCUCGCAAUUCUGAGUUUGUCUCGCAAUUCUGAUUUAUAUCACAAUUCUGAAUUUGUCUCUUGAUUCUGAUUUAUAUCUUGCAAUUCUGAUUUAUAUCUCGCAAUUCUGAGUUUGUUUCGCAAUUCUGAGUUUGUCUCGCAAUUCUGAUUUAUAUCUCACAAUUCUGAUUCAUACUGUAGCUCGC